GCGGGAUAAUGAGACGGCUGUUUUGUGUCUUUGUUGUACACGUUCCUUUUGAUGUGGCAAAAAUCCAUUGGCUGGUACGUGCAAGAUGGCGGCGCCCAUGGACCUACAAUUUUGAUCAAUUCAACUUGCAGGUUUUACGCUUAUCCCAUUUAUAAACGAUUAGCUUUUUGAUGGUUCUACUGUGUAGAAAGACUCAUCAUCGGCCGAUCCUGAAAUUCUGCUUGAAACUGAUUCCUGCCAGGACCGAGUUGGAACGCACCAGUCACAUGCUUUGUUUGAAGACCCACUGGCCCAGGUGAUAUAGAAGUGCACGUUACUGUUAGCAAUGCCUCCAAGGAAGACUGCAAUUGUCAGUGUCUCAAUCAUCUUUCUGCUGUUUGUCGGCGGAAACUUGGCAAACAAGAAGAAAAACGAAGAGGUUCAGAAGAAAUGUGACACGUGCAGGGAACUGGCCAAAUCUUUUAAGGAGGGGAUGGAGCGAACAGCUCGGUACAACUUUGCUGGAGGUGACACAGACUGGGAAGAAAAGAAACUUGGAAAAUAUUCCACCAGUGAGACAAGAUUGAUUGAAAUCGUGGAACAGGUGUGUUCCAAGGAUAAAUAUGAGUGCAAUACCAUGCUGGAGCACAACGAGGAGACACUAGAGACAUGGUGGACGGAACAUCAGACCGACCAUCCAGAUCUUGUACAGUGGUUUUGCAUUGACACUCUCACAAUUUGCUGUCCAGAUAACACAUAUGGCCCAGAUUGCCAAGAAUGUCCUGGAGGCAUCGAGAGACCAUGCAAAGGCAAUGGAAAAUGCUCAGGCGGAGGUACAAGAGCAGGUACGGGGAAGUGCAAAUGCAACGGUGGAUACAAAGGUGAACUCUGCGAUGUCUGCAAAAACGGCUUCUUCACGGAGAUGAGUAACGAAACACACACAGUCUGCACAGCAUGUGACGACUCGUGUGCAGCAACCUGCACUAAGGGCGGACCCACAGGAUGCAAGAAAUGCAAAGGGGGCUACAAUAUGGUGGAGGAAAAAGGUUGCCAAGAUAUUGAUGAAUGUAACCAAGAGAAACCACCGUGCCAGUCCAGUGAAUUCUGCCAGAACUCUCCAGGGUCUUAUAAAUGCGUAGAAUGCAAUAUGGCGUGUGAUCAGUGCAUAGGGGAGGGGCCUGACAGCUGUGUCAAAUGUAAAACUGGCUUCCAAAUGAUAGACACUACAUGCAAAGAUAUUGACGAGUGUGAGACAGACGAGACUUGCAAGAAGGAACACAUGUUCUGCAAGAAUGUACCUGGCAGCUUUUUAUGUGAAUGCGAGGAGGGUUAUCUACAAAGUGCAGAUGGCUGUGUCCCUAAAUCAAUUUUGGAAGGAAAGGAUAUUCUACCGGACCCCUCGCUGAGUCUUAAAGAUGGUGAUGCUCCACCUGCUGCAGAAACAGAUCAGGAAGCAGACAGUACCACUACCAAAGGAGGGGAGGCCGACAAUAUCAGUGACGAAUCUCUGAGAAGGGAAACAGGGGAAAAUAAAUCCAACACUGAAGAACAGAAUGAUUCAGUGGAUACAAACAGUUUAAGAGCUGAGGAAAUGGAGAGUAUGGAACAGCAUCAUGAAGAGUUAUGAUGUCUGUUUUUAUUUUAUAUUCGAAUUGGAAAAUAUUUCCCUCAUAGUAUUUAUAAAAUGUCUUUUUUUCACUGAGGCAUUGUAUCAAGUUAUAAAUGAAAGGUCACUAAUUUUAGGCGCCAUUUUGUAAAAAGAAGUUAACGAACAUCUCCUUACUUUAAUGCUAAUGUUUAAAACUAAGCAAUAUUGACGUAAUUCAACCACGAUAUUAAAAUAUAUUAAAAUAUACGAUUCCGAUUGAUGUGAAAAAAGCGUGUUUCUCUACAGCUAGCUUUUUCUUAUAAAGCUUGAAGUGGAACAUGCAAGUAUAGUCUCAAAAUGCACUGCAAAAACUGCGACUACUUUUUAAAACAAUUUACACUCCCUAAAUAAUGCCAAGUUAACACUAGCUGUUGCAUCAGGAAAAAAUGUUUUGUUCUCUUUUUGUAUGCAAUUUUUAGCUGUUAAACUGGGCUCAAGGUAGAUAUGAGGCUCUGUCUAAAACCUACUUUUUUUAAAAACAGUAACCGGUAUGGUAUAUAUUACAAGUCUGAUAGGAUAUGGGACCGCUGUCCGCUUUUCAAAACUUUCCAGGUCAGCAUCUUCAAACUCUAUAAACUACAAUGCCAAACUGCAAGCUUUAUCGCAAAAAGUUACGGAUUGUGUUAUGAAUACAGUGGAUGUUUUUUUUUUUCAACUUCCUAGGAAAUGUAUAUAUACAUCGUCUCGAAAUUGAGAUGCACAAAUGUCAGAUAUACCUUUGGUACUCAAUGUGGUCGGUAGCCCUGCCUUUAUCUCCUGUACUAUUCAACCAUUUAUUACUGUUAUUUAUCUCUACGUAAUAUUCCCCCAGAAUUGAGCGGAGUUGGUGAAAGGUAUUAAAACAUGGAGAAUUUAUUUGUAUCUUC